AUGUCCAGCAACCCUGAGACCGGCGAUGUCAAAUCAGAAAUCAUCAUCACAACAAUUUUGCUCGAAGGCUCGUAUCCAACUCUAGUCUCCAUCGACGGCGCUAGCGGUCACGACCUACAAAGACAAAUAGAGCCCCCUCUCAUCGGAAGACGCCUCACUCUCCGGAGCUUGAGCACCAACGAAAACGGCGAAGAAGUGCUGGCAUCACCGGCAGAUGAGACUGUGGCAGCAAUGGGUCAAUUCAUGGGUAGAGUCUUUCAUGUCUGCGACGGACGACGAUAUGAAAGCCCUCUACCCGAAGUACCGCACUGGAGAGACAGGUUGAGAACGUUCCGCAACUACACUCACGAAACUUUUGCCCGCCAUCAGAACCACCUUUCAGAGGCCAUGCAAAACGAGUAUGCUUCAAGAGACUCAUGGCCAUUCACUUAUCGAGUGCACUCGGAUGUGGAGGAUUAUCUGAAAGAUGGCGGUCAGCUGACUGGUCCGGGGGACAUGCCGAGGCCGGCAAGAGAGUAUGCAGAAAGGUUGCGACGUGCGGUGAAAAGCGCAAAGAGCUUCGAUGAGCUUUGUGCUGUACCGCCAGACACUGUCAAAAUAGCUUUCACAACCGAGAUUCUUGAGCCCUUCAAGCUGAUGAGAGCCUCUCCCUCACGUUCCGGCGAGGAGGAUGACGGAAGGUCACUGGAUGAUUGGACGGUAUUGGUUGCCAAGCCACGUGUUGAGUGUCGAGUUACCGACGAUUCUCCCGAAUGGGUCAAAAGUGGUAAAUUUGCCCAAGAUACUUAUAUCAAUUCCAUCAUUGAAUCAAUUGAUAAAUCAUCCCCCCCAGAGCCUACAGCCGCGCUCAGUCGAGACAGGACGGUCGACGACUUUGUGCAAGGCACGCAGCGUUUUGAGGAUAAUGUGUUUGAGGAAGUAGCAUACGAUGUGGCUCAUCAGCUGUCAUUCACAAGCGACCAAGAACGUACAGACGAAGUGGUGUUGAGUGGAGGGGAGACGGGCGACGCAAGCUUGGAAGAGGGUCAGCUCGUGGAUGGACAUCUGGUAAAGGUUGCAUGGCUUGAACCUUCUAUGUUUGAGAGUUUCUACGGCCUUCCCCCUAGAGAGCGGCGAUUCUACUCCAAGAGGCUCGUAGAAUAUGAGACUUCUAUCAAAGAAGGCUUCGCAGAAAUGCAGAGCGAGCGCGAUCAUCAAGUACCCGGGACAGGUGAUGCAGUCUCAUUUGGAAAGACGUCAUGGGGCACCUGGCCUCAGAGACAAGAAGACCUCUCGGAAGCGGUGGGAGCUCUUGAUUUUGCCUUUGUUCGUGAUGAGCUAUCGCAAUGA